GAUAAUACUCCUGUUUUUUUAAAGAAAAAAAAAAUAUUCAUCUUCUCUUUUUGGUUUUAUCUCAUUGACCCUGUGGGUUACUGGGUAAUCCUUCACCAGAUCUCAGGGGCUUACUGAAGACUUGGAGCUUGAGGUACCCUCUUCAUUUUAUCAUCUAAUUUGAAGUUUUAACCGCCCAUUUAGUGAAAGCUCCUGGGUUUUGGUGACCCAGUUCCAAAAUGAUAACUUUCUUGAUGGGGCUUCUUGAUUUUUACUCAUUAGAGUCGGAGUGAGCAGCAAAAUUUGAUCUUAAGUUGAAGGAGAUUGUUGGAAUAAUGAUAAGCUCAGUACCUGGGUCAAUUUCAUUUGUUGUUAUUUCAGUGGGGAGUAUAGUUUCAUGUAUUAUGAUUGCAUCUCUGUUUAUUAACUACAAUCCUACUGGUUUUAAUUUCAACUCCAUAGUUUCUGAACAAGGGCAAGCCACUGUUCAGCAUGAUCUGUUCAGUCUUGUUGCCGGAGCUCCGGCAUUUGCGCCGGCAUGUGCGCCGGCAUUUGCUCCGGCAUUAUCUUUUGAUGACCUGCAAGAAGUAGAGAGUGCUAAUAGUUCUGUUCCCAUGGAUGGUUAUUAUGAUAGUAAGGAAACUGAUGUUUUAGUUCCGUCUGUUUCGGUUGAUAAUUCUGGGCAAAAUAGUUCAAGGGUCGAUGGCGGCGCUCUCUCUUCUCCUCCAUCGAAAGGUUAUGGGAAGUCGAAGUCGAAGUCGAAAGUUUGUGAUCUCUACACUGGGAAAUGGGUUUACGAUCCAGCUGGACCUCUUUACACUAGCCACACAUGCCCAAUUAUAGUACAGUCACAAAAUUGCCAGGGCAAUGGCAGACCUGAUAAAGACUACGAAAACUGGAGAUGGAGACCGAACCAAUGUGAGAUCCCUCGUUUUGAUGGCAGGAAGUUCUUGGAGCUGAUGAGGGGCAAGACUCUGGCUUUUGUUGGGGAUUCACUCGCUCGCAAUCAGAUGGAUUCUCUUCUUUGCAUUCUUUGGCAGACAGAAGUUCCCAUCAACCGUGGUAACCAUCAGAUGGACAAAUGGUACUUUCAGUCCACCUCCACCACAAUAGCUCGUGUGUGGUCAGCAUGGCUCGUUCAUAAUACUCCCAUCUCCUCCUCAUCCUCAUCAUCAAGAGCCGUCAAUGUCCAUAUCGACACUCCUGACAGCACCAUCACAAACUUCCUCCAUAGUUUCGACGUCCUUCUUCUCUCCUCUGGACACUGGUUCAGCGCAGAAUCAAGCUAUCUCCUGAACAACACAAUUGUUGGCGGACGAUUUAGUCAUGCCAACAAAGCCAAAAAGAGAAAAGACAUUAUUAAGUUCUACGGGAUGACUAUACGAACAGCUAUAACUACAAUUGCAGAUUUUAAUUAUACAGGGUUGACGAUAUUACGCUCUUAUUCACCCGAGCAUUAUGAAGGCGGAGAUUGGGAUACCGGAGGUUCGUGUAAAAAGGUUAAUAAGCCUGCGAGAAAAUCAGUGAGGAGCGGGUACGUGAAUGAAAUGUAUAAGCAACAAGUAGAGAACUUCGAGAGCGUGGUGAGAAAAGUGAAGAAUGGUGCCAAGUUGAGAUUUAUGGACAUUACAGAUAUGUCUGGAUACAGAAAUGAUGGGCAUGCAGGAAUUUACAGUGGGAAAAAGGCGAGGAAGAAAAAAGCAGCAGAGGAUUGUGUGCAUUGGUGCAUGCCUGGGAUCGCGGAUUCAUGGAAUGAGGUUUUGUUUGAGAUCUUGAAGAGAGAACUCUGAAGGAGGGUUUGACAAGUAAUGUGUAUGUAUUCCGAGCAGCGGUUUUGCUUAUUUGUUGCGGUCUCACAUUCUUUUUACUUUAAAUUCUUUGUUGUAAGAUUUUAGAUUUGAGUAACCAUCUUAGCUGUCCAAAUGUUGAAGUGAUAAUGAGAUCACAAUAGUUAUCAUC